AUGCAAGGACCAGGACGCGGAUGCAGUGUUCAAAAGGGACCAGGACGUGGAUGCAACGUUCAGAAGACCGCAGGACCAGGUCGCGGCUGUAACAUCCAACGUGGUCCUGGCCGUGGUUGCUCCGUUCAGAAGGCAUAA